GUCUCUCGUACAUUAUUAUUAUUUAGUUUUUGUUCUAUUUUGGAGUUUUAUCAAAAGCAUCUUCUUUGUUCAUUUCUUCCAAAUGCUUAUCAUCGAAAAUGAUACAUGGGAAAGUGGAAAAAGAGCCCAAAAAAAUUAACAAGAAACAAGUAAUAUAGAAGAGGAUUAGACCUCUUAACAUGUCUGUACUAUAUAACAAGUAACAUGUUAAUGGAGCUUUAGAGUCUUCUUGUCUGAAAUUAAUAAACGUUUCAAGACAUUUUAAAAUGGAGUUGAAUUUUGGAUUUUGGGUUUUCUCAGCUUUGAUAGGUGGCCUUGUUGCAUUAAUUUUGAUCGUGAAGAGAGCUAAUGAGUGGUAUCAUGUAAGCAUGGUGGCUGGAAGGCAGUGCUCUCUGCCUCCAGGUGAUAUGGGUUGGCCUCUCAUUGGGAAUAUGUGGUCUUUUCUCAUUGCUUUCAAAUUUGGUCACCCUGAUUCAUUCAUCUCCAACUUCAUUUCCAGAUAUGGCAGAACAGGAAUUUACAAGGCCUACUUGUUUGGAAGCCCAACAAUCAUUGUCACAGCACCAGAAACAUGUAGACCAGUCUUGAUGGAUGAUGCACAGUUUAAGCAAGGCUGGCCUAAAUCAACUUCUCAAUUGUUGGGAAGGAAAUCUUUUUUAGGCCUUUCUGCAGAGGAGCACAAGUGUCUGCGCCGCCUGACUGCCGCCCCGAUCAGCGGUCAGAAGGCCCUCUCUGUCUACCAUGAAUUCAUGAAAGAUGUUAUAGUAACGUCCUUGGAUAAUUUGUCAAAAGCAGAGAGGUCAUUUGAGUUCUUGACUGAGAUAAGGAAGAUCACCUUUCAAAUAAUCAUGCAUGUUUUUUUAAGCUGUGAGAGUGGCCCAGUGAUUGAGAUAAUGGAGAAAGAAUAUGCUAAACUCAAUUAUGGACUUAGAGCCAUGGCCAUCAACCUACCUGGCUUUGCUUAUCAUAAAGCAUUAAAGGCUCGAAAGAAGUUGGUGAAGAUUCUUCAGGGUGUUAUAGAUGGAAGAAAGGCCAGGAGAGAGAAUAGUUUUUUAGAGGAUAAGACAGACAUGCUCGAUUUACUGCUGGAUGUUGAGGACGAGAAUGGCGAAAAAUUAGAUGAUGAGCAAAUCAUAGAUGUGAUCCUCAUGUACUUAAAUGCUGGUCAUGAAUCUACAGCUCAUGCCACUUUGUGGGCAACCCUUUUCUUACAUGAACAUCCUGAGUAUCUCCAGAAAGCUAAGGCAGAGCAAGAGGAAAUUCUGCUGGAAAGACCAGCAACGGAGGAAGGACUGAGCAUCAAAGAAAUUAGGAAAAUGGAAUACCUCUCCAAGGUAAUUGAUGAAACACUCCGCGUGGUUAAUGUCUCAUUGUUUACAUAUAGAGAGGCAAAAACAGAUGUUAGCAUUGGGGGAUACACGAUACCAAAAGGGUGGAAAGUGUUAAUCUGGUUUAGAGGGAUUCAUUUAGACCCGGAAUGUUAUCACAAUCCAAACGAGUUCAAUCCUUCAAGAUGGAAUGAAUGCAAACCCAAGAAAGGAAGUUUCAUUCCCUUUGGAACAGGAAGUAGGCUAUGCCCAGGAAGUGAUUUCACUAAGCUUGAACUCUCAACUUUUCUUCAUUAUUUUCUUCUUCACUAUGAGCUUGAACGACUCAACCCUACUAGUAGCGUCAGAUACUUACCGCAUACGAGGCCCAAAGACAACUGUCUUGCAAAACUCAACAAACUAACUUAGCCAUUCACAUGAUUGUUCCGUCUCUCUUGCAAUUGCAUUUGUCUUCGAAAUUUAUGCAAAGCUUCUAAGUACUUCUCACACUGCAUAAUCUUUAAAUUUACAUUUUUAUUAUGGUUUCUUUUCUAUGUUUUAUUUUAUUUGGGGAAGGGGAUUUGAACUCGACAUCUUUUCAGUGCCUUAUUUCGGGGGAAAAAGUUGAGAACUACUCAUUUUUUAGGGGUAGUUAACUAAAAUUAGACACUAAAUAUAUUUACUGGA